AUACACACCUUAGGAAAAUAAAGAGAUGAUCAAGUAUCUCUGUUGAACAUUCUUCAUUAUGUCCGAUCAAGUAGCGCCGUUCACCCCUGUUCCAAUCACCGAUCCCUACGACUACGUGGAUCUCAUACACCACCAUGACGGCACAGUCACAAGAAAAAAACCCAGCAAUUAUACGACAGUGUCAACCGUACCUGAUCUUAGCGACCCCGCUCCGGUUCUCUCCAAAGACAUCCCGAUCAACCAAUCAAACAAUACUUGGGCUCGUGUAUAUAUUCCUCGACAUGCGCUCGAGCCUAACUCCACAAAAGAUCUACUCCCUCUCAUCUUAUACUACCCUGGUGGAGGGUUUGUUAUCUCCAGUGCGGCCACACCUACAUGUUACAACUUUUGUUCCAAACUUGCUUUACAACUAUCUGUUGUUGUUGUCUCUAUUGACUACCGUGUUGGACCCGAGCAUCGCCUGCCAGCAGCGUACGAUGAUGCAAUCGAAGCUUUGCACUGGAUAAAAUUUGCGGAGGAUUCUUGGUUGAGAGACCAUGCUAAUCUUACUAACUGCUUCAUCAUGGGUUGCAGCGCUGGAGGGAACAUAGCGUACCAUGUCGGUUUACGCGUGGCGACGGAAGAUAUUGACAAUUUUAAGCCGUUGAAGAUCAAUGGCUUGAUAUUGCAUUAUCCCUUUUUUGGCGGGUCUGAAAGAACUGAAUCUGAGUUAAGAAUGGCAGACGACCUUAUUUUGCCUCUUAUUGUCAGUGAUGUGAUGUGGAAGUACUCUUUGCCGGUUGGAGCUAAUCGUGAUCACGAGUAUUGUAAUCCUGCGGUAAUGGAUAGGUCAAAACUAUUCGACAAGAUCAAAAUUUUGGGUUGGAAGAUAUUGAUAGCUACUGGAGAUAGGGAUCCCGGAAUUGAUCGUCAGGUUGGACUGUUAAUGGCGAUGAAAGAAAAAGGUGUAAAAGUUGAGAGUAGAAUCGUUGAAGGAGAUUAUCAUGGCAAGGAUCUCCUAGAUACUUCCAAUAAAUCGGACUCACUGCUUGUAGCUUUAAAGAAUUUCAUAUUCUCAACGUUUAGCGAGUAAGAAAAUACAUAGGUAGGAUGUGUGGUUUUUAUGUAAGUAUUUAUUUUUCCUUCAAGUCUAUGUGAAAAUGAACGUAUAAAUGGUGUAUUUAAUCAUCAUAUUGUUGAAACUUAACAAUAAAUUGAAUUGGGUGUCCGUUAUU